AUGGCGAUCACCUAUCUCAUCCUUCUGUCAAGACAAGGCAAAGUGCGCCUUGCCAAAUGGUUCACCACUCUUUCUCCUAAGGAGAAGGCCAAGAUUAUCAAAGAUGUCACUCAGCUCGUUCUGUCACGACGGACGCGCAUGUGCAACUUCCUCGAAUACAAAGACUCAAAGAUAGUGUACCGACGUUAUGCCUCCUUAUUCUUUAUCGCCGGUUGCGCCUCGACCGAUAAUGAACUGAUUACACUCGAGAUCGUGCAUCGUUACGUGGAGCAGAUGGACAAGUACUAUGGCAAUGUGUGCGAGCUAGACAUCAUCUUCAACUUUCAGAAGGCAUAUUUCAUCCUAGAUGAACUACUGUUGGCCGGGGAGAUGCAGGAGAGCAGCAAGAAGAACGUGCUAAGGUGCAUCAGCCAGCAGGACAGCCUGGAAGAUAUGGAGUUCCUACCUCUUCGCGAGUUUGAGGACGUCACGGGUGCUCUCAAUUUCGACACGGUGGACUGCCACGUCGUUGGAGGAUGCGAUCUCUACACUACAAAGGCAGCUGGGGGAGACCGGAAACUAUACAAGAACAUCGAACAGUCAUUGGAAUCCCAGUACGAGAGCUUGUUGCGCCUCUCGGCAUCACUGUCUCCGCCGAACGCGUCCGACGCGGCAAUCUCCCUCAACCUUUCGAGAUCGAGUCCCUUUGGGCCCUUGAGCGAGCACUCCAGUCGACGCACCUUUGCGUAUCUUAUCGCAACACUCAAUGCGAGUCAUCCUGACUACGAUUUCUCUCACAUCCUGCGCCCGACCGACUUCCGCCGCGAAAGGAGCCUCAAGAGGGUCAUGAAUACCAUUGAUACUACGCUUUUCAACCUCAAGCCUCGUCUUACAAGCGACCGGACUCCUCCGUCUCCCACGACCACCACAGCCCCAUAUGCUCCAGAUGCUACUCCCACAUGGGGGCCGAGGAUGUGGCGGAUAAUCGACGAGCAAAUGUCCUUGAAGGAAUGUGCCGUAUAUUCGUACUCUCCGGAAGAAGAUCCAUCAGAUGCAGAUGACGGUGCUAUUUGGAGUCUGAACUACUUCUUUUUCAACAAGAACCGAAAGCGCGUCUGUUACAUCUAUCUCCGGGGGAUCAGUAUUCUCAGCCAUUCUCCUCCAGAUGGGACUGAAACACCGGUUGGCAAAAGGACAGUUGACGAUGGUUACUUGACCCCUGACCUUGGAGCGCGGAAACGCGCUAGGUACUGGCUCGGUGAGCGUCCCGGUUUCAGGAACAAGGACCCAUACGAUCAUGAAGCAGUUACUCAAACCCCAGAUCGCCGUGAGUCCGUUGACGAAUAUGACAAUUACGUCCUGAGCGAUGAAGACUUCAGGUCAAGAUCUGGAAGUAAUGGCGCAGUACGUGCCAUGAGCGAGGAGAUAGCCGAUUCGAUGGAAGUUUAA